CGUGCUGCUGCAUUCAUUCCGGAAGACAGGUAAGGGCGUGGCGACAGUCCAGGUGUCCAGUGUGUUCAUAUACAGUCUGUUAAUAUUUCAGACGAAAUAAGAAAUGGCUUUGACCCAAGAGGCGAUUUUAAACACUCUUUUAGAAGGCAAAGGAAAGGUAAAAAACUCAGAGUUGCUGAACAAGUUCAAAGAGCCACUGAACUGCAGUGAUCCAGCGGAGAAGAAACACAACCGAGAUCUCUUCAAAACCUUUGUGAACAACAUUGCAGUCGUGAAAGAAUUCCAGGACGCCAAGUAUAUCGUCCUUAAGAAAGUGUACAAUCAUUUACUGCAAGAAGCCUCAAACGAUGAAAACGCACCAAGAGAAGAUUGCGGUCGAGAUGGAUCGCACGCAGAAGAAGAUGAGAAGGAGGAAUCCACUCAUUCCCACAAUGCAGAAGAAGGUAGGAAAUCUGAACAGAACACAGUGAGCAGAUCUCCGUCGAAGGCUUUAGACGGAAGCGCAGAACGCUCUCCAAUAGAGAUAACAUUGGAAAGAAGCAAGAAUGUGGACUUUAAACCUAAACAGUCUUUACAUUUCACCGUCCCGCUGAAGCCUGAUCUUGAUUUCUCAAGAGCCGCCAAGAAAGAAGCAAGCAAACCUUGUGCACUACCUUUACGAAUGCCCCAAAUAGACUUGGGUCGUCAUAACAAGAAGCCUUCCACUGAGAGCUUGGGAGAAGAUCUUCAGCCCUCGCCUCGGUGUAAGAGGAGAACAGACAGCGUGGUCAGCGCUGGAGCUUCACCGCAGUCACAGAGACACUUCAAGACCCCUAAACAAGCGGAUGAGCCCAAGGACUCGCACCAUUUCCAACUUGAACGCGUAGAGCACAAGUGGCUGGUGAAGUCUGCGGCUGGACAGUGGAAUCAAGUAUACGGCAUGCUGUUAAAAGACGCCCAGCUUGCAGAGAAGAAGGACUUCAUGUCUGGGUUCACGGCUCUACACUGGGCGGUCAAGUGUGGAAACCUUGACAUGGUGUGUAGGAUCAUUGAGGUGUCUAGAAAGAGCGGUCAUGGGGUGGAUGUCAAUGGAAAGUCCAAUGGUGGCUACACACCGCUUCACAUCGCUGCCAUCCAUGAUCAACGCUCUCUGAUUGACCUUCUAGUCCGUAUAUUCGGUGCCAAUAGGAACAUAAGAGACAACUGCGGUAAGAAACCCUACCACUACCUGCGCAACGGGGUCUCCAGAGAGCUGAGGGAGCUCCUCGGAGACCCGAAAGCUGCCCACCCGGAGGUGCAUCAUCAGGCCAGGGAUGAGUGUGAUGCACGGAGACACUCUAUAGGUCACCUGUUCCUCGCUCAUCCGGUGGGGCUCAAGAAAAAGAACAAGGCGAGAAACCAGUUCAUCUCGGUCGGUGACGACGGCAGAGAGAGAGGGAUGAGCCAGUGAUGCAGAAACCGAGGCUGCUAUCCGAGGUCUUCCCAUAACUGAGACCAAAUGUGGAUUAUGAGUUUGAUUUGGAGACAAUAUUUGUGACCCUGGAGCACAAAAACAGUCAUAAGUAGCAAUAGUUGACAAUACAUGGUAUGGGUUAAAAUGAUAGAUUUUUUUUUUACGCCCAAAAUCAUUAGGAUAUUAA